CAGAUUCUUCAUUGGUAGACAGCUACAUCUUGACUGCCCAUGAAAGAAGUCAUGCUGUGUCUUACCCAUUCCUGGCAAUACCCAGGUUUAUUUCUAGCUUUGUACCUGUUGCUAAUGCCACUAGAAUUGCAAGCUUUGGUCAGUUCUAAGCCCAAUAUUGUCAUCUUACUGGCUGAUGAUCUUGGCAUUGGGGAUGUAGGCUGCUAUGGAAACAAUACUAUCAGGACUCCUAAUAUUGAUCGACUUGCAAAGGAAGGAGUGAAACUUACUCAGCACAUUGCUGCAGCUCCUCUAUGCACUCCAAGUAGAGCUGCUUUUUUAACUGGAAGAUAUCCAAUCCGAUCAGGUAUGGAUCAAACAGAAGGUGCUCGUGUUCUUACUUGGCUUGCUGGUUCUGGUGGACUUCCUCCAAAUGAGACUACUUUUGCGAAGAUAUUGCAGAAGCAAGGGUACACUACUGGCUUAAUAGGGAAGUGGCACCAAGGCCUGAAUUGCAGAUACCCUAACGACCACUGCCAUCAUCCCUUAAAUCAUGGAUUUGAUCAUUUUUAUGGGAUGCCAUUUUCAUUAAUAAGUGAUUGUCAAAUAACACAACCUCCAGAAAUGGAUAUGUCAGUGCGGAGCAAAUACUGGUAUUAUACUCAAAUGAUUGCCCUUGCUGUUUUUACUCUUAUAGCAACAAAACUUACUCAUCUGGGGCCUGUCAGUUGGAAAAUAAUCUUACUGCUGGCUUUAUUUAACUUCUUAUUCUUCAUUUCCUGGUACUCAAGCUAUGGAUUCAUAAGACACUGGAAUUGUAUUAUGAUGAGAAAUUAUGACAUUACAGAACAGCCAAUGAAGUUAGAAAGAACUGCACCUCUUAUGCUGAAUGAAGUCAUUUCCUUUAUUAAAAGAAACAAGCAAGGGCCAUUCCUCCUCUUUGUUUCUUUCUUGCAUGUUCACACACCAUUGGUUACCACGGAAAAUUUCACUGGGACGAGCAAGCAUGGAUUGUAUGGUGACAAUGUAGAAGAGAUGGACUGGAUGAUAGGAAGAAUUCUGGAUAUACUUGAUUCUGAAAACUUGAGAGACAAGACACUGACAUAUUUUGCCUCUGACCAUGGUGGAUAUUUAGAGGCUCAGGACGGAAAUACUCGAAGAGGUGGUUCAAACGGCAUAUACAAGGGUGGAAAAGCCAUGGCAGGCUGGGAAGGAGGAAUCCGUGUCCCUGGAGUAAUUAGAUGGACAGGAAUGCUACCUGAGGGAAAGGUUAUUUCUGAACCAACAAGUCUAAUGGAUAUUUACCCCACAUUGGUUCACCUGGCUGGUGGAACAGUACCACAGGACAGGGUAAUUGAUGGUAGGGAUUUAAUGCCUUUGCUGAAGGGAUUGGUUCAACACUCAAAGCAUGAAUUCUUGUUUCACUACUGUGGAAUGCAUUUACAUGCAGUGCGAUGGCACCAGAAGGAUAGUGGAAAUAUAUGGAAGGCCCAUUAUGUGACACCGGUUUUUCGGCCAGAGGGAUCUGGAGCGUGUUAUGAAAUGAAACUUUGCCCAUGUUUUGGAGAGGGUGUGACGCGUCAUGAUCCUCCUUUGCUGUUUGACCUCUCAAGAGACCCAUCAGAGACCACGCCUCUGUCACCGGACACUGAGCCACUGUUCCACGCAGUGCUAAAGAGGAUAGAGGAAGCUGUGGAGGAGCACCGCAGGACUCUCACUCCUGUCCCACAGCAGCUUUCUCACUAUAACUUUAUGUGGAAACCAUGGCUGCAGCCCUGCUGUGCGACAUUUCCAUUCUGUGGCUGUGACAAAGAAAAAGAUGACAUUGUAAAGUGGACAACAGUUGGAUGAAUUAGACCUCUAAUAAA